GGCCCCGCGUUAAAGAGUAGCACGUCGGAAUCUGUGUAAGCCUCGCUGGUCUAGCCGCCGGGAGAGAGGACAGUUUUCGCCCUGUAUUCUCGGCUGUCGCGUCCUCACCGGCGUUAUACUACACCGAAAAUCCUUGUCCGGGCUUCCUUCUGUGAUUGCUGUGGGUUAGAAAUACCUAAAAGUGAAACAUAGUCGAGAAAAAUCAAAUGAAAUGAGACGGUGUGUGGAGUGAGUGAGCCUGGCGAGGAGGCGUUUCACCAGCACACACACACACGGGUUUUACUCUCGUGUUUUACUUGCCGUCGCUGUGCACCUAUGGAUUCUACGCUGUGAUGUGUAAAAACAAGCCGCCUUUACCGUCGGGCAGCCCAAACACCUUCUACCAUGUCAGGUAUGACAUCAGCCGCUGCCUCGCUGUCAGCCUCCUGGUGUCAGCAGGAGCCUGGCAGGUGAACGGCAGGUUACUGAGGAGCGGUGACAGGCUUUAAGAUGGAGCAGUUCAAUGUCCUGGAUCCUCGCAAGCAAGAGCUCCUCGAGGCAAGAAUUGAAGGCAGGGGAUUUUGCCUUGUCCGUGGAUGUGCAGUCUGUAUAUGAGUCUAGUGGAUUUUUGACCUCCAAGAUGUACCCCUCCCAACAGAUGCACCUUACUGGGAGUAACCCAAGCACUCCCACCAACACCCAGCCGCCCUCCACGGUGACAGGCUCUGGGUCCCAGCCUAUCCUAUUGGACAGACAAGACUCCAAUCUUAGCACGGGUUCAUCAGACCGGGAGGAGAGCACCAGUCCGGACAAGACACAGCAGCGCACACAGGCCGACCGGAAGCGGAAAAGGAAAAGUGGAACCCAGGGUGUGCAGAACGACGAGGGGGGAGGGGGUAACGUACAGAAGAUAAGCCGCUCAACGGAGACCAAGAAAAUAAACGACUAUUUUAAGCAGCAGCAUCAGCAGCAGCAGCAACAGCAGCAGCAGCAGCAGCAGCAGCAGCAACAGCAACAAACCAACUCUCCACACCGACAUUCUGGUGCCAAGAGUCCAUCCCCUCAAGUACUCCUCAGCCACAUGACGUGGGCAUUGCAGACUGGUCACGGAGGCGCAGGAGAUCCGCUGGCUGGAUUGAUGCCUCCGCCUCGAGGUGUUCCAGUGGCAACGCGCUCCACACAGAGUGACAUCACCUUCCGACAGGUGGACGAGAUGGAAAGUCGAGCCUCAAUGGACAUGGAGGCGAAAAACUCUAGAAUUGACAAUUUACAAUGUACCAAUGAUGAGUUGUCCCGACAAUUACAGACUCAAAGUAAAGUGCUGGAGCAGAAACAGUUGCAAAUUAAUAAGUGUAUUGAAGUAGUCAAAAGGUUACAAAUUGAAAAGUCUAAUAUAGAGAAGAAAGAAGCAAGACAAAAGUGCAUGCAGAAUCGGUUAAGGCUGGGCCAGUUCGUCACACAGCGAGUGGGCGCCACCUUUCAGGAGAACUGGCAGGACGGAUACGCUUUUCAGGAAAUUACUAAGCGACAAGAGGAGCUCCAGGCAAACAGAGAAGAAAUAGACCGGCAAAGAAAGCUUUUAAUGAAACGCAAACCAGUGGAGGGGGGAAGCAACUCUCGGAAACGGGGAGCCAAUAGUAACCAGGCGCAGGGAGGAGGAAACCUACCUAACGGUCUUGGGGGGGACCAUGACCACAGGGACCUGACCAUUCAAGAGUAUUAUGAGUCAGAGGAAAUACUAAAGCUGCGGCAAACGGCUCUCAAGAAGGAAGACACAGACCUACAGCAGGAAAUGGAGAAACUGGAGAGGGAGAGAAAUCUACACAUAAGGGAACUCAAGCGAAUUCACAAUGAGGACCAAUCCAGAAUCCUUCAAUCCCAGUCUUCACCCAGCAACCCUCAUGACAUGUUCAACAACCACCCCGUGCUAAACGACCGGUACCUGUUGCUCAUGUUACUAGGGAAGGGAGGUUUCUCCGAGGUGCACAAGGCGUUUGAUCUAAAGGAGCAGCGAUAUGUUGCCUGUAAAGUUCAUCAGUUGAACAAAGACUGGAAGGACGACAAAAAAGCCAAUUAUAUCAAACAUGCUAUUAGGGAGUACAAUAUCCAGAAGAAGCUAAACCACCCCAGGAUUGUGCGGCUGUAUGAUGUGUUUGAGAUAGACGCCAACAGCUUCUGCACCGUCCUGGAAUACUGUGAUGGCCACGACCUUGACUUCUACUUAAAACAGCACAAGACCAUACCAGAACGAGAAGCAAGGUCUGUGAUUAUGCAGGUUGUCUCCGCACUCAAGUACCUGAAUGAGAUCAAGCCUCCAAUCAUCCACUACGACCUCAAGCCAGGGAAUAUCUUGCUCACGGACGGGAACAUCCUCGGGGAAGUGAAGAUUACGGACUUUGGCUUGAGCAAGGUCAUGGAUGAGGACAGCUACCAUCCAGACUAUGGGAUGGACCUUACCUCGCAGGGGGCUGGGACAUACUGGUACCUACCACCAGAGUGCUUCAUAGUUGGGAAGACACCUCCAAAAAUCUCCAGUAAAGUGGAUGUGUGGUCUGUUGGGGUCAUUUUCUAUCAGUGCCUAUAUGGAAAAAAGCCAUUUGGCCACAACCAAAGUCAGGCUACAAUACUUGAGGAGAACACCAUCCUCAAGGCCACUGAUGUACAGUUUCCACCUAAACCUGUGGUUAGCAAUGAGGCCAAGCAAUUCAUCCGGUGUUGUUUAGCAUACCGGAAGGAGGACCGCAAUGACGUGUUGACGCUGUCUUCCAACCCUUACCUUUCCCCGCCGCUACCAAAGAGUGGGCGGCAGUCAGCCAGUAGUCAGCAACAGGCAGCGGCAGCGGCCUCUGCAGCGGCGGCAGCGCAGCAACAGGCAGGAUAUCAGCAGCCCUUCACCACAGGGCUACUGGGUCUUGCAAACAUACACUCUUCCACCAGCUCAUAAUGAUACGCCACCCACUGUAGGGGGCAGGUCAGGCCCCGACACCCCCUACCUGGCUCCCCCCUGUGUCACUCAGCCCUCUACACUGGUCAUCACCUGCCCAUUGCAACCCACUGCUCUGAGUUGCUACAGUAUUGGGGUCACCAUACUGAAUGCAGGGCUUCAGUUGUUGGCAGUACGUAACAUGUAAUUACAUUUAGUCUGACCUUGUCUCAGAUGGAAAUUAAAUAUGCCAAUUUC